AAAACGACCCAAACUCCAAACCCAAACCCAAAAACAAUCACUUCUCUCACUCCUUUUCCCCCAAAGCACACAGUACUUCACGGAUAUUCACCACAAUGGUUAAAUCAACAGCAACAGUAGCAGCAGCUUUCCCUCUUUUUCUCCUCCUCUUGUCCUCCAUUUCAGUUGGAACUCUAAAAUUGGUGAAUGGACAGAAAACUUGGUGUGUAGCGAAGCCAUCUUCCAGCGACUCAACUCUUUUGGAGAACAUCAAUUAUGCGUGCUCUCAAGUCGACUGCAGAAUUCUGCGAAAAGGUUGCCCCUGCUUCUCCCCAGACAAUCUGAUCAACCAUGCUUCCAUAGUAAUGAAUCUCUACUAUCAGUGUAAGGGAAGGAACAAAUGGAACUGUGAUUUCAAGAACUCUGCUCUCAUCACCAUGACUGAUCCAAGUUAUGGAAACUGUGUGUAUGAGUAGUGAUUUGUGAAAGAUGUAUGUGUGAUUCCAAAGGCCUGUGGUGCAUUUUUAGUUUUUUUUUCCUAAUAUAUAGCUUGUAAUUUUGGACCUCAUGCCAAUUUUUGUGGGUUAUAAGUUUAUUGCUGCAGCGCGACAGAGCAAAAUUGCAAUUUAUCCAAAUUCUUAGUUGUGUUUGGAUAAAUAAUUUGAGUCGGAAUUUGUGGAGACGAAUGAAGAAGAUGGGGAAAACUGACUGCAAUACUAGCUAAAUUUUGUACACUUUUUUUCCUUUCCUUUUAUUUUUCUUUCAUAAUUCCCUCAUCAAAUCCAAGUAUGUCCAAAAAUUCUUCUCCUUUUUAUAUAUAUUUAUAGCAAUCAAACA